AUGAAGCUCACCUGGGACAUCAACGACCCCCAGCUGCCGCAGGAGCCCAAGCACUUCGACAGCUUCCAAGAAUGGCCCGACGGCUACGUGCGGCUCGUCUACUCCAGCGAGGAGAAGAACGCGCAGCGGCACCUCAGCGGCUGGGCCAUGCGCAACACCAACAACCACAACUGCCAGAUCCUCAAGAAGUCCUGCCUGGGGGUGGUGGUGUGCGCCGGCCACUGCGCGCUGCCCGGCGGCACCCGCCUCCAGCUUCGCCCCGCCAUAUGCGACAAGGCUCGGCAGAAGCAACAAAAGAAAGCCUGUCCAAACUGUAACUCAGCCCUUGAGCUGAUUCCUUGCCGAGGACACAGCGGCUACCCGGUCACCAACUUCUGGAGGCUGGAUGGUAAAGCGAUAUUUUUCCAGGCUAAAGGAGUCCAUGACCACCCCAGGCCAGAGAGUAAACUGGAGGCAGAGGCAAGAAGAAGUGCAAUUAAGAAGCAAGUGUCCUCUUCUCACCAUUCCCAAAAAAAGAGACCUCUAAACUCAGACGUAGGAAGACAUCAUGACAGCAGCAGCUAUAUCGGUAACAUACAGAAUCUGCCCUGCCUGGAAGGCCCAGAAAGAGUCAGUAUCAUCACCGACACCAGUUUUUCAGUUCCUGCUCAGUCUUAUCCUUCACCACAAAAUGCUGAUCUCUACAAAGCUUCUUAUGACUCAACCAGCUUCCAAGAGGACCAGCUAUCACCAUACCAAAAGUAUCCUAACCCAAGGAUCUACAUGCCUAGGGCCUGCAGCUACGAGUUUGGAGUUCCUACUUUUGUAAGUUCCACUUCUUAUCCAACAUUUUAUAAAGAUACCACAGAUAUUCCCAUUGACACCGACCUGAAUGGAUCCCAGUGUAACUCUGUGACCACUCAUGAUAAGAGCUUUGAUAAUACUGGUAGGCAUUAUGGAUUGAAGCCAGUUUGGGGGAAAGCUGGCAGUGGAGACAGGAGUGACUAUGGACAGAUCCAAACCAACACGAAUCAUCCUUACUACAGCGGGGAGUAUCCCUGCAGAUACAGUAACAGUGCCUCUCCCCUAGCGCCACCAUUACAAACCGUCAUCACCACCACCACUAAAGUGUCCUACCAGGCCUACAAGCCAUCAGUGGUGAAAUACAGUGACAACCUCUGCGACGUGAAAAAUCUUCAGAGCUAUACCCACGUGGCAGAAAACGUCUCAGGCACCAUCUAUUCAGGGAUGAAGAUUCAGGAAGACUUUGGGAUGAUAAAGUCAGCAUUGCUUUACCAGCAUGACCCAAUUCCCACAAAGUCUGAGCCAGCCGAGAGCCUGGAUAGCUAUCGGUAUGGACUUCUGCCGGGGAACAGCUAUGCGGAGCAUGAAGGACAGGCCUUAAGGUUUGAGAGUGGUGAAUAUUGA